UAUACCAUGGAAUUGAGAUCGUGAUUUGUUCCUCUUCUAGCAAAUAUUUUAUUCGCUCGGCUGCGUGGAUCGUGAAGCUGUAAAUUUCAAGGGGAACAGUGGUCGUAAGAGUUUGUCUUUCUGCUAGCCAAAAUGGCGGACUUGGAAGCUGUGCUGGCCGACGUCAGCUAUCUAAUGGCCAUGGAAAAGAGUAAAUCGACUCCUGCCAAUCGAGCUAGUAAGAAAAUCGUCCUGCCAGACCCCAGUGUUCGCAGUGUCAUGCAUAAACACCUCAUGAAAAUGGUGGAAGUAACCUUUGAUAAAAUCUUCGACCAAAAACUUGGAUUUCUACUAUUCAAGGAUUUCUGUAACAAUGUGUGCGAGGAGCCAGUACCUCAGCUGAAGUUCUACGAAGAGGUGAAGAAAUUUGAGAAAUUAGAAUCAGACGAAGAGAGAAUCAAAGUAGGCAAAGAAAUAUAUGACCAAUUUAUCAUGAAGGAAUUGUUAUCACAGUCACACACGUACUCCAAAUCAGCUGUGGAACAUGUACAGGAAGCACUGACGCAGGCCCAGAAAACAAAAAAACUAGCACCUGAUAUCUUUACUCCAUAUAUAGAAGAAAUACGAAAUUCAUUAAAGGGGGAUAUAUUUAAAAAAUUUAUAGAAAGUGAGAAGUAUACCAGGUUUUGUCAGUGGAAGAAUCUAGAGCUCAAUAUUCAACUAUCCAUGAAUGAUUUCAGUGUACAUAGAAUCAUAGGGAGGGGAGGAUUUGGUGAAGUGUAUGGCUGCAGGAAAGCUGACACAGGCAAAAUGUAUGCAAUGAAAUGUCUGGAUAAGAAAAGAAUCAAAAUGAGGGGCGGAGAAACAUUAGCUUUAAAUGAGAGAAUAAUGCUUUCUCUUGUUAGUACAGGGGAGGGGAGUCCAUUUAUUGUGUGUAUGACCUACGCAUUUCAAACACCUGAGAAGCUGUGCUUCAUCCUAGAUCUAAUGAAUGGUGGAGACCUCCACUACCAUCUAUCUCAACACGGCGUCUUCUCAGAAAAAGAGGUUCGGUUCUACGCAGCAGAAGUCAUGUUAGGAUUGGAGCACAUGCACAAUCGCUUUGUGGUAUACAGAGACUUAAAGCCGGCGAAUAUUCUCCUGGAUGAGGGUGGACAUGUAAGGAUCUCAGAUUUAGGGCUGGCAUGUGAUUUCUCCAAGAAGAAGCCUCAUGCAAGUGUCGGUACCCAUGGCUACAUGGCUCCCGAAGUUUUAUCCAAGGGCACAGCGUAUGACUCCAGUGCGGACUGGUUCUCAUUCGGCUGCAUGCUUUAUAAACUACUCAAAGGGCACAGUCCGUUCCGACAGCAAAAAACCAAAGACAAGCAUGAGAUUGACCGUAUGACGAUGACCAUGACGGUGGAGUUGCCGGACUCGAUGUCUCCUGAAAUGAAGAGUUUAUUGGAAGGUUUGCUGCAGCGGAAUGUUGAGGACCGGCUAGGCUGUCAGGGCAGAGGGGCCCUGGAAGUUAGGGAGUACCCGUUCUUCAAGGGGAUGGAUUGGACGCAGGUCUACCUACAGAAGUAUCGGCCCCCUCUUAUCCCUCCCCGAGGUGAAGUCAAUGCAGCCGAUGCCUUUGAUAUUGGUUCCUUCGAUGAGGAAGACACCAAAGGAAUUAAGCUAACAGAAGCAGACCAAGAAUUGUACAAAAAUUUUCCAUUGGUCGUUUCGGAGCGAUGGCAGCAGGAGGUGGCCGAAACAGUAUUCGAAACAAUCAACUCUGACACGGACAAACUUGAGCAGAAGAGGAAGCAGAAACCUAAGAUUGAUGAAGAUGUUGGUCCUACUGACUGUAUUGUGGAGGGAGAAGUCCUCAAACUUGGUGGUCCAUUUUUGCAAACCUGGCAGAAGAAGCACCUGAAGCUGUAUCCUAACAGAUUGGAGUUUUACCACAAGAACCGAGAUGGACAAGUCGUGAAGAGCAAGGGAGUGGAGCUCGUGUCAAUGUUGGAUAUUAAGGAAAUUUACCCAGAGUUCCAAAAGCUAAACAAAACUGAAAACUGUAUUGUGAUACUACUGAAGAAUGACACCAAGUUGGCCAUAACAUCUCCGGAUCGUGUGUUGAUAAACCAGUGGAAAGAUGAGAUCAUCAGUGGCUUUAAGCUGUCCUCAGAAAUCAUGGCAAAUAUGAACAAGAAGGCGAGUAGAAUGUAUGGGGCAGACCUGUCAAAUAGCCCCAGUACGGAAAACUUCAAACCUACUCUCGAGCACCGAAAUAGCAACGGCAGCUAGGAGAACCAAGCCUAUCCCAGAUCUCACUAUAUGCAGACAUUUGGUAACAUUUGUGCCCAGCCUAGUAUGAAGAGAAGUGGUAUCCAGCAAGGAUUGUUUCCCCUUACAGUCGGCAACCCACACUUUUUUUUUUUUUUAAUUGCUGCAAAUUAAAUCCGUUGGGCGUUGUUUGGAUGUCAGAGCCUGCGGUGGACAAGCCGAAGGGACGAGGACCAAAGUUGUUAGUGCAGUGCGUGUUGACUCGUGAUGACAGGCAGGCACAAGUGCUGGUAGCACCAAUCCCUAGGGCAGAUCUGUCAGCAGUGGUAGUUAACAAUAGUGACAUCAGUGUCUCUGUGGUGGGCCAGGUUGUGGCUUCUGCGCCGUGUGAGGAGCAUCGCGACGCUGGGCUACACACAGUAGAGUCAAUGCUUGUCGCAGUAUGACCCAGAGAGCGGCUACGUUUAGCUCUGGAAUAGUUUUAAUUUAUGGCGUGUUUUUAAUACAACAAGUGGUUUUCUUGUUUUUUCCUUUCUUCUACAUGUUUCUUCAGAAAUCCAGUCUACGCUGUGGACUCUGUGCAGAGGCACUUGUCUCUGACCUCGUCCCGUGUCUCGUCCUGUCUUGUUUUGUCUCGAUUCUUGCAAGUGAUCCAUGGGUUAUUGUGUGGCUGAGAUGUCAUCGUGGGAAAGGGCCUUGGUUUCCUCAGUUGUUUUGAAGGAGAUGAGGAUUUUACCAGUCGUUGUGUUUAUUCUUGAACGGAGCAAUGUGUUGCCAAAGUGCCCUGGAAUUCACACGCGAGGCAAAUUAGCCACCUGAUUUGGUAUCAGGGGAGGUAACCCCAAGCAGUGGCCAAGUGGGGAAAAGCCACAUGUUGGCAAGCUGUCCACAGUCAAUGAUAUACAAUGCUCAUCGGUGUGAACAUUAGUUCAUUAGAAGUGGGGGCUGUUUUUAACCCCUCCCUCAUUUUUUUCAGUACAGUAGCUGUGCAUGAUUGAUAAAAUGUGAAUUUGUACCAAGGUUUUCCAGAGGAAAAACACGAACAGUA